GUGUUUCUCUUUACAUAAAAUUAUUAAAUAUUAUAUUGAGGAGAUACUAUUCCUUCGCAUUACUAUAAAUAGGUGAAAUUACAUAAAAAUUGCCUAUGGUAAGAAAAAUUGUUGAACAAUUCUACCCAUGCUAUUUCGUUACUGACUGUUGUUGAAUGGCCUAAUUUAUAAAUUGUUUUUGAUAGAUCAUAAAAUGCAUUGAGUUGACUUUCGUCGAGAAAAGUACUAAUGUCAUUGAUCGAGUUUACAAUGCCUGGUGUGCAGUCUUUAUAGUACGCAUAUGGUAUGCGUGGCUGCAAACCACUAAUUCCGACGAACUUAACAAAAAAGUUUCACAUUCUCAUUCAACUGUUUUCAAUGAACCUAUACCGAAACGAAACUUCUUCAUCGCCAUACCUACUCUUUUCUCACUCGAAUUAAAUGCACAUAGUCUAACAUAUCUUGUUGUACUGUACGCAGAACAGAAAAUUACUGAAGAAGCUUUAAACAUUGCAUUAUUCAAUUCGCAAAUGUGCUUUCGCACAUUUCGUGUAGCUCGAUCAAUGUCUGGUCCUUUUUCAUCCGUUGUUAAUUUCUCCGUUUACGAAUUUCUUCAGGGUGUUGAAACGCUCGCUGUUCUUCAAAGUAUCAAAUGGUCUUCUGAAUCAAAAGAAAAUAAUAUUAUAUUUCCGAAACAUCAUAAGCAAUCUAAAAAAACUUCUCUAACACGUUUAACAUCUACAAUAACAAUCACAGUUACAGAGCAAGCACUUGAAGUCACAGUUUUUAGCGCCUAUCUUAAAGCUAAUCAAAUUCUAUCUGUUUGUGGAUUGUCUAUUCUUAAUCCAUAUGAUAAGAUGAUAUCUUUCGAAGAAGUAAAUCGUUUAGCAUACAAAAAAUUAUCAAGAUCAAAAUGUACAACUUCUAACAAGAAACAUAUUAAAUCAAAUGAAAACGAUGAUGAAAACGAAGAUGAUGAUGAAGACGAAGAUGAAGACGAAGAUGAAGAUAACGAACAACACCGAUCCAACAGGCAACGUAGUGAAAGUGACAUCGUGGAUGAACAUGACGAAUCAACGUCCAUCGAUGACUUUGAUCUUGAUAUUCUUCUGAAUGUGUCUCGUUCUACUAUUCGAGGAAUGCAUAUUUUCGAUUCCAUCGACAAUUCUCAAGCUGACUCUUUCUUUCCCGAUAAUGAACUAGCAUGCACUCCAUCUCGAAUUAAUAGUAAAUGUAUCUGA